UAUCAGCAGCAAUGUCCUUAUCUACUGGCGCUGCUCCAAUUUAGAUAGUCGAUUCUUUUUUUAAUCCCUGCUGCUUUUUAUAUAAACAUUUCGCUUUUCUAAACUGGCAUAAAUUGGAACUACAACUCUUCCCCAGUAAUCUACAGAAUAAAGCUGUUAGAAGCAUCUCGAGCCAGAAAGCACUAACAUUUGUAUGCUGACAGUUUCAGAAUGAUCAUGGAGAAUACAUAUGUGACAUUUCUGGAUGAUCACUCCACCCAAGAAUCAUUGCCUUCACUGUGUAAAAAAAACUUCCAUGCACCAUCAAAUAUUUUCAGAUCCAAUUCCAUUCUGGCAUAUAAUUCUGUUUUAUCAGAGUUAACAAGUAAAGGAAGAAACCCUCCUCUUGUUUUAAAUAAACCUGCAAUACCAAAGAGAUUGAACCAACAGAAAGUGCAGCCAAGUGAAACAAAUGGAAUUAUUCAUUGUGUGAAUAUUGGUAACUCUCCAGAAGCACCAAAGGAAUUAUCUGAUCCUAACGAUAAGUCCAAGGUGAACUCCAUGAAGUGCAAGAAAAUAUUUAAGCAAACAAUUGCCAUUACAGAUGAGGCUGUGAAAUAUGAAAAUAUGAAACCACUUUUUCGCCGUCUUCCAGAUACAACUUGGCCUCCAGUUCCACCUUGCACACCCCAGGCAGCCGGAAGUUCUCCAAAGGAGCAAAAUGAAGGGGAAGUUAAAAGCAGUUCUCACCCUCACCCAAAUACAAGUUCAACUGGCAUAUCAUAUUAUCCACCUUGGGCAAAGGGAAAUUCUCCAGGGCCACAAAAGGAUCUGUUUGUGUUUCCCAGAAUAAAACCUGAAAUUAUGAGAAAACCACGGAAUUUUCAGGGAGGAGUAGCAGUUUUACCACCGUCCCCUCCUCAAGCAACAAUCCCAAAAAGCACAAGCAUAAAUGACGACACCUAUAAAACUGCUGAUUUAAACAUGGCCAAAGAAAGAGAAGAAAUUCCUGUGCAAAACCAUGAUGUCAACAUUAUAAAGGCAGCUGUUUUGCCACCUUCCCCUCCGCAGGUAACAAUCCCAGAAAGCAUAAGUGAAGAAACCCUUGAAACUGCUGAUUUAAACAUGGCCAAAGAAUGGGAACAAGUUCCUGUCAGAGACUAUGACACCAGCUCCAACAUGAGCUCCUUCUUUGGUGAUAAUUGCCUGUCGGCACAAAGUAAAGAUUCAGUUACAGCAGACGUGCGUUCUGAAGCAAAACUGGAUGAAUUACCAGUAAAACAAGCUAUAAUGCCAGUUAAACAGAAGAAAAGAAAUGCCCCAAGAAUUAAAUCUCUUCCAUUUAUUAAUUCUCUGAAACCACCAAAGAAACCUCCAAGACCUACACAUGUUGAUCUAAGUCGAUUUCAUAGGAAUAUUAUACAGAUUACAGGAUCGCAAGAAGCACAAAAACCUGACGCUGUUUUAAGUACUGGAACGUAUGAGACUUCUAUGUGUCUUUCAGAGGUGGUGGCAUAUGAUGAUACAGUAAAACAAGUGUCACCUGAAGAAGAGGUAAUUGAUUUAUCUCAGAAAGAGGACAGCGGAUAUGAUGAUGCUUGUGGACUUUCAUCUUCAUCAAUUUAUGAACCAGAUCCCGAUUCUGGUUGUUGUUCACCAGAUGCAGCAAUAAAAAUUUAUGAGAAUCAUUGGGAUGACCAGCAAUACAGGUCUGAUUAUGCUGAUGAUGUAAAAUAUAUCAACAGUACAGAGACAUCCAAAAAGAAACCAAAACCUAAAGAUGGGAAAAUUUACAAAAAACAACUUGAUUUUAGAAAAAAAUACAAGAUUUCUGGGUCAGAAAAUGCAUUUUACAGUACAACUGCUACAGAAGACUACAAAGGUGGGAAAGACAUGCUUUCUCUGAAGAAGGGACAUAAUAUUGAAAUCAUUGAAAUCAUGGAUUGUCCUGCGGGGAUGUGGCUAGCAAAAAAUGAAGAAGGAAACUAUGGAUUUAUUUCUGUUUCUUCAGUCAAUGUGAAGCAAGAGCAUCUGAUCUAUUUGAGCCAACCUUUACAGCAAGAUAGUCAAUAUGAUGAUGUUGGUCAUUUAAGGGAAUGUGGGACAUCCUUGGGUGCAUCUUUCACUUCAGAUGGGUAUGCAGAUAUGUCAGUGGACACCUGGGAUGAAAUCAGCGUUAAAUCAGCUGGAAAAAGUACAUCUGCAGCAACAGAUUCAUAUGAGUUUCCAAAUGAGAAUGAGUUUUAUUCUACAACAAUUACUGCAAUUGACAAAAAAGGUGCAAAGCAAAAGAAGAAAAUUAAACCUUCCAAACAAGAGAGAGAAUUCCGUGAGAAGUUUAAGUAUACGAAAGAUAUUGUUGUCCUCAAAGUUGCUGUUGUCAAUAAAAUGGCUCCUCGUUCAGCAAAAAGUAAAUCUGACUUAUCUGUAAAGCCUGGAGAAAAACUUGAGGUUAUAGACAAUGCAGAUGAAAAUAAGGUUAUCUGUCGAAAUGCUGCUGGAAAAUAUGGACAUGUUGCAGUUGAACGCCUUGAUUUUAUAUACAAUGUAUUCAGCUAGAGUUUCACUAAAGGGCAAAAGACUGGCCAUUGUUUGUGAUCUUAAGAAGAGCUGAUGUGUUUUCUGUGUCAACCUCUGUAAAUGCAUUUUUCUGAAUAAUAAAUCUUAUAAAGCUCUGAAUUACGGAAAGGUCGUCUUCCAUAGACUCAAUUAUAAUCAAAUACUUCAAGUAUUUCCUUUUUCUCUGUAAUAAUAAA